CACCAUGUAGUAGGCAAGUACUUGAUGGUUGUACACCGGGUGGAUCAAUCAAAGAUCAAGCACACAUCAGCCGCAGCCUCGUGGGUAGAAGAGGGUGAAUGUGGCGUCUCUGCGCGACCAGUGCGAGUCUAGGAGUGUUCAGUGUCAGGAUCAUACUUUGCAGUUUCAAGGCCUCAUCCAUAACACAAAAGACAGCAAUCAUCCAUAGACAACCACCCGUCACAUGUCCAUCCAGGCUCUUGCCAAAUUGCAAAAAUGUGUCUGAGAGGUGCCAGACCGACGCGCCUUCCGCGGAUCAUUGCCCCGGCUGGUGCUGCAAGCGUGUUUCAGCCUGCUCCUUCCUGAAUCACAAAGCGCCUGCUUGUCCUGACACGAGUCUCACUCUGAUACAAACAGCUCGCUCUUCUGCUCCCACAACUACUCAACACGAGUUGUAUUUCAUAUCGUCUUCUCGCCUCCAUCCCGUCGCAGACCAUUGCUCGCCUUUCUUCCUCCAACACCAUCUGUUUAGCUAGCAUCAUGUAUCCCCGUUACACCUUUCUUUUUUGCCGACGAUAAGAUUACAACGGUCAGAGCUCGGUCUCCGGAACCAGCCUUGCUUCAAAACAGUGGCUGCACUUGCUCUUUC